UUCGAAAUCCCUAAUUCUGAAUUGUUGCUGCACGUAAGACGUUAAACGGUGCGUUUAGGGAGUGGCCUGCCUACAGACUGCGCUGGUGUGAGGGAUGGAAGCUGCUCUCCCUCGACGCUGUCAUUUCUCUUCCAUCGUUGAGCCUCUCGCCUUUGAGCUGAUUCGAUCACUGUGAAUCCUCAACGCUACGCUCUCCUAUACCGCUUGUUUGAGUAUUCGAUUACGGUGAUUUAUCUGCCACACUUGUUCAUCGGUGGGUAGCUGACAUAGUGCUGUUUUUGACAUGCGUUCAUGAAGAUGCUUUUAAGGAGCAAAGGUGCAGGACAAAUCUAUUGUCUUGCUUUGAAGUUCAAAACCCCUUUUAGUUUUUCUGUUAAACUUUUGUCCUCGUGCAUUGAGAAUUCUUCUCGAACAAACGGAAAUGGCGCCCCUGUUUUGGACGGGUGUAAUCUUGUGCCUUCAGCCAAGAAUGAGGACAAGAGACUAAUUGUAGAUAGUGUAUGCCAAAUUUUGGAGGCUGGUCCUUGGAGACCUUCUGUUGAGAAUGCUUUAGCUGAGCUCGACGUUAAACCGAAUCCAGAAUUGGUAAUUGGAGUCUUAAGAAGACUGAAGGAUGUAAACGUUGCAGUAAAUUACUUUCGAUGGUCGGAGAGAGUAACAGACCAAGCAUCUUGCCCCGAAGCAUAUAAUUCGCUUCUAAUGGUUCUAGCUAGAACUCGAAAGUUCGAUUGUUUGGAACAAAUAUUGGAAGAAAUGAGUAUAGCAGGCUUUGGCCCUUCAAACAACACAUGUAUUGAAAUUGUACUGAGCCUUAUUAAGUCACACAAGCUUAGAGAAGCUUAUACGUUUAUGCAAACUAUGAGAAAGUUCAAAUUCCGUCCAGCCUUUUCGGCAUACACGACAUUGAUCGGUGCACUAUCUGCAUCUAAUGAUUCCGAUUCCAUGCUCACCUUAUUUCAUCAAAUGCAGGAGCUUGGCUAUGAAGUUAAUGUUCAUUUAUUCACGACUCUCAUUCGUGUGUUUGCUCGUGAAGGUCGAGUCGACGCUGCACUUUCUAUUUUGGAUGAGAUGAAAAUGAACGCUUUUGAACCGGAUGUCGUUCUUUACAACGUAUGUAUAGACUGCUUUGGGAAGGCGGGGAAGGUGGAUAUGGCAUGGAAAUUCUUUCAUGAAAUGAAAGCUAAUGGUUUGAUCCUUGAUGAUGUAACUUAUACUAGCAUGAUAGGAGUUCUUUGUAAAGCUGGUAGGCUGGAUGAAGCUAUUGAGCUAUUUGAACAUAUGGAUCAAAACAAGCAAGUGCCUUGUGCUUAUGCAUACAAUACAAUGAUCAUGGGUUAUGGUAUGGCUGGGAAGUUCGAUGAAGUGUACAGUCUACUCGAGAGACAGAGGAGAAAGGGAUGCAUUCCGAGUGUCGUUGCUUAUAAUUGCAUUCUUACUUGUCUGGGGAGGAGGGGGCGGGUAGCCGAGGCGUUAAAAGUUUUCGAAGAGAUGAAGAAAGAUGCCAUUCCGAAUCUUUCGACGUAUAAUAUUGUGAUUGAUAUGCUCUGUAAGUCCGGAAAACUCGAGACAGCUUUGGUUGUUCGGGAUGCCAUGAAAGAAGCUGGGUUGUUCCCUAACGUUAUGACCGUAAACAUAAUGGUUGACAGAUUGUGUAAAGCCCAAAGACUCGAUGAUGCUUGUUCGAUUUUCGAAGGAUUGGAUCAUAAAGCUUGCACGCCUAAUAGGGUAACGUAUUGUUCUCUUAUAGAUGGAUUGGGUAAGCAUGGGAGAGUUGAUGAGGCCUACAAGCUGUACGAAAAGAUGCUGGAUUCCGACCAGAUCCCGAAUGCUGUUAUGUUUACAUCUCUAAUAAGGAGCUUUUUCAGGUGUGGAAGGAAGGAGGACGGCCACAAGAUAUAUAACGAAAUGGUACGUCUUGGAUGUUCACCCGACCUGAUGCUUCUUAAUACCUACAUGGACUGUGUUUUUAAAGCUGGAGAAACCGAGAAGGGUAGAGCUUUGUUUCAGGAGAUUAAGGCUCAAGGAUUCAUUCCCGAUGUGAGGAGCUAUUCGGUCCUAAUUCAUGGCUUGGUGAAAGCUGGUUUCGCACAUGAAACUUACGAGUUGUUCUACACGAUGAAGGAACAAGGCUGCGUUCUGGAUACUCGUGCAUAUAACACCAUUAUCGACGGGUUCUGCAAGUCUGGCAAGGUAAACAAAGCUUACCAACUGCUGGAGGAGAUGAAGACAAAGGGUCACGAACCGACCGUUGUUACGUACGGUUCGGUUAUCGAUGGGCUUGCAAAGAUCGAUCGGCUCGAUGAAGCAUAUAUGCUCUUUGAAGAAGCUAAGUCGAAAGGAGUCGAACUGAACGUUAUCAUAUAUAGCAGUCUAAUCGAUGGGUUCGGGAAAGUGGGUCGAAUCGACGAAGCGUACCUGAUCAUGGAAGAGUUGAUGCAGAAAGGUUUGACGCCUAAUGUAUACACAUGGAAUUGCUUGCUUGAUGCAUUGGUGAAAGCAGAGGAAAUCAGUGAAGCUCUUGUUUGCUUUCAGUCUAUGAAAGACUUGAAAUGUACGCCUAAUUAUAUAACUUACAGCAUUCUAAUUCAUGGUCUAUGUAAGAUUAGAAAGUUCAACAAGGCAUUUGUGUUCUGGCAAGAGAUGCAGAAGCAAGGCUUAAAGCCGAACGUAUUCACGUACACCACCAUGAUCUCGGGGCUUGCUAAGGCUGGAAACGUUGUAGACGCAAACUCUCUUUUCGAGAAGUUUAAGGAAAAGGGUGGCGUGCCUGAUUCUGCUACUUACAAUGCUAUAAUUUUCGGGUUGAGCAAUGCUAACAGGGCGUUGGAUGCUUAUCGACUUUUCGAGGAAACUCGAUCGAAAGGUCGUAGUGUUGACACGAAAACUUGUGUUGUUCUGUUAGAUUCACUACAUAAGGCUGAAUGCAUUGAGCAGGCUGCUAUUGUUGGCACUGUAUUAAGAGAAACUGCAAAGGCUCAGCACGCUGCGAGAUCGUGGACAUAGACCUUACCGGAUAGAACGAGACCGAGACCGAGACCGGCUACACCAUGGAAACCGAAACUCUAUAACAGCUCAGUCCUUACCGUUUGCUGGUCAGUCCGCUUUGGUGGUUCGUGUUCUUACUACAAAUCCUUAGUUUAUGUCGAAAAACAAACAAGUUUUAGCUGCUCUGAAGCUAAGUUGCAAGUCUUCAUUCAUGGGGUUUCGAGAUGACGUAUCUCUCUCAGUCUCGUUAGCUGUUGGUUUGGAUCAUUCGGGACUUCAGGCUCGUGAUUUUGAUUCUCGACUUUGAAACUCUCGGGUGCCGAACUUAGUAGCAUGAUAGCUAAGCUAAUUUUCUUCUUCCAGAUACAUUCAAUUCAGUUAAUGGUAGCAAGAAUUACAAUGAGUUGUUCAAGUUUUGCUAA